AGCUGGACAAGCACGGCCUUCCUAUGCACGGCCAUCAUACUUCACCUACAUUUCUCGACUUGAGCUGGCCAUGCACGGCCUUCGUAUGCUUCGUGACAUCUCAUGACUCAUAAAGUCGGAAGUAAUCAUAUUUCCGAAAUCAUGGGUCAAGCCGGUUGUUUGGGCGCAGUAAUGGCACAACCUUCCUCAAUUGCCACCCCGACCACUGAACCCAAAAGCCUCCUCAUAGCCUUCCCCCUCCGAGCUAUGUAGCUUAGUACUGGCACAGCUCCUCCCUCGCGCCCCCCCCUUAUUUCUCUCUUUUCCCUCUCCUCUCCCCCUCCCAGAAAAGAAGAUGAACUCGGUGGUAGGCCCUGAGAGCAGCCAUGAAGACGGGGCGAGCAAGAAGGAGGUGCACAAGGUCCCCUUCCUCAAGCUCUUCGCCUUCGCCGACACAUGGGACUACGUCCUCAUGGCCCUCGGCUCCAUCGGCGCCUGCGCGCACGGCGCGUCCGUGCCCGUCUUCUUCAUCUUCUUCGGCAAGCUCAUCAACAUCAUCGGGGUCGCCUUCCUCUUCCCCACCACGGUCUCACACCGGGUCGCCAAGUACUCGCUGGAUUUCGUUUAUCUGGGCAUUGCCAUAUUGUUCUCCUCGUGGACCGAGGUGGCUUGUUGGAUGCACACAGGAGAGAGACAGGCGGCGAAGAUGAGGCUGGCUUACCUGCGUUCCAUGUUAGAUCAGGACAUAGCGGUGUUUGAUACGGAGGCUUCCACCGGAGAGGUGAUUGCAGCCAUUACAAGCGAUAUUAUUGUGGUGCAGGAUGCCAUCUCCGAGAAGGUGGGAAACUUCAUGCACUACAUCAGCAGAUUCAUCGCAGGAUUUGCCAUCGGCUUCGCUCGCGUCUGGCAGAUCAGUCUGGUCACACUGUCCAUCGUCCCGUUGAUCGCCAUUGCUGGUGGAAUCUACGCCUACGUCGCCACUGGCCUAAUUGCUCGAGUCCGGAAAUCCUACGUCAAGGCCGGAGAAAUAGCUGAGGAGGUGAUCGGCAAUGUGCGCACCGUGCAAGCGUUUGUGGGGGAGGAGAAGGCGGUGAGGUCGUACAGAAGUGCGUUGAUGAAUACGUACGAGUAUGGGAAGAAGGGUGGGUUGGCCAAGGGACUCGGCCUUGGUUCCAUGCACUGCGUUCUCUUCCUCUCCUGGGCUCUCCUCGUCUGGUUCACCAGCAUCGUCGUCCACAAGAAAAUAGCAAACGGAGGAGAAUCCUUCACCACCAUGCUCAACGUCGUCAUCGCUGGGCUGUCAUUAGGCCAGGCAGCACCAAACAUCUCCACGUUUCUGAGAGCAAGGACUGCCGCGUACUCCAUCUUUGAGAUGAUCGAGAGAAACACGGUUAGCAGAACGAGUGCCAAGACGGGGCGGAAACUGGCCGGCGUGGACGGGCACAUCAAGUUUGUCAAUAUUCACUUCAGCUAUCCAUCACGUCCCGACGUCCUCAUCUUUAAUGGGCUGAAUCUGGACAUCCCGUCGGGAAAGAUCGUUGCACUUGUUGGUGGAAGUGGGUCGGGGAAGAGCACGGUUAUCUCGUUGAUCGAGCGGUUCUACGAGCCCCAACGAGGCCAUAUCCUGUUGGAUGGGCAUGACAUCAAGGAUCUGGAUCUCAAGUGGCUCCGGCAGCAAAUCGGGUUGGUGAAUCAGGAGCCUGCCCUCUUCGCAACAAGCAUCCGAGAAAACAUACUUUACGGGAAGGAUGAUGCCACCAUCGACGAAAUAGCGCAGUCUGCAAAGCUUUCUGAGGCCAUUAAUUUCAUCAAACACCUGCCUGACCGAUACGAGACGCAGGUGGGUGAGCGAGGGGUUCAACUAUCAGGCGGGCAGAAGCAGCGCAUCGCAAUCUCAAGAGCCAUCCUGAAGAACCCUUCGAUCCUCCUCCUCGACGAGGCCACAAGUGCCCUCGACGCUGAGUCCGAGAAGAGCGUGCAAGAGGCGCUCGACAGGGUUAUGAUAGGCCGUACCACGGUGGUGGUGGCGCAUCGAUUGUCCACCAUCAGGAAUGCGGACAUCAUUGCGGUCGUGCAGGGCGGAAGGAUCGUCGAGACGGGAACUCACGACCAGCUCAUGUCUCAUCCCACCAGUGCCUACGCUUCACUUGUGAAGCUCCAGGAGACUGCUCACCAUCAGCGGCCAUCGCCCGCGGAGGGCCCGAGCAUCGGGCGACCGCUAAGCAUCAAAUACUCCAGAGAGCUGUCCGCAAAAAACACAAGCUUGGGGGCGAGCUUCAGGUCUGAUAAGGACUCCGGCAGUCGUUAUGCCCCUGAAGCAACCGAUGUGGCAAAAGCGAAGCCUGUGUCUCUCAAGAAGUUGUAUUCCAUGGUCAGGCCUGAUUGGAUCUUUGGAGUCAUUGGCACGUUAGGUGCCUUCGUUGCAGGUGCCCAGAUGCCGCUCUUUGCGCUCGGAGUUACCCAGGCGCUUGUUUCCUAUUACAUGGUUUGGGAAACCACCCAGAGGGAGGUGAAGAAGAUCGCACUGUUGUUCUGCGGUGGGGCCGUUCUCACCGUGUUCUUCCACGUCAUCGAACACCUCAACUUUGGCAUCAUGGGCGAAAGGCUAACUCUUCGGGUGAGGGAAAGGAUGUUUGGAGUGAUCUUAAGGAACGAGAUCGGUUGGUUCGACGACAUGAGCAACACCAGCGCGAUGUUGACGUCGCGCCUUGAGACGGAUGCCACUCUGCUGCGGACCAUCGUGGUGGAUCGUUCCACAAUCCUCCUGCAGAACAUCGGAAUGAUCGUAACCUCCUUGAUCAUUGCCUUCAUCUUGAAUUGGCGAAUAACUCUGGUGGUUCUGGCCACAUACCCUUUGAUGGUCAGUGGGCAUAUCAGUGAGAAGCUGUUCAUGAGGGGGUAUGGAGGAAACCUGAGCAAGACGUACCUGAAAGCAAACAUGCUAGCUGCUGAGGCUGUGAGCAACAUCCGAACGGUGGCCGCCUUUUGCUCGGAACAAAAAGUAAUCGAUCUCUACGUCGAGGAGCUCAGGGAGCCGUCCAGGCGAUCUUUCCGACGCGGGCAGACUGCGGGCAUCUUCUACGGCGUCUCCCAGUGCUUCCUCUUCUCUUCGUACGGGCUUGCUUUGUGGUAUGGCUCAGUCCUGAUGGGCAAAGGGCUUGCCAGCUUCAAGUCGGUGAUGAAAUCAUUCAUGGUCCUCAUAGUGACGGCGUUAGCCAUGGGAGAAACGUUGGCUCUGGCUCCGGACAUCAUCAAAGGGAAUCAAAUGGCAGCAUCGGUCUUCGAGGUGCUUGAUAGAAGGACGGAGGUGCCGCCCGAGGUCGGGGAGGACGUUGGAAGGGUCGAGGGCGCUAUCGAGAUGAGAGGAGUAGAAUUCUGUUAUCCUUCAAGGCCGGAUGUCUUAAUCUUCAGAGGGUUCGAUCUGAGAGUGACGGCUGGGAAGAGCAUGGCGUUGGUGGGAAUGAGCGGAUCAGGCAAGAGCACGGUGUUGUCUCUGAUACUACGAUUUUAUGAUGCGACUGCUGGAAAAGUGAUGAUCGAUGGCAAAGAUAUAAGGAGACUGAGACUGAAGGAGCUCCGCAAGCACAUCGGCAUGGUUCAGCAAGAGCCCGUGCUCUUCGCCACAACCAUCUACGACAACAUCGUCUACGGCAAGGAUGGUGCCACAGAAGCAGAGGUUGUGGAGGCUGCAAAGCUCGCGAACGCCCACUCCUUCAUCAGUGCUCUCCCGGAGGGCUACUCGACCAAGGCAGGGGAGCGAGGGAUCCAACUGUCGGGAGGCCAGAAGCAGCGGAUCGCCAUCGCCCGAGCCAUCAUAAAGAAUCCUGCCAUCUUGCUGCUCGAUGAGGCCACCAGCGCGCUGGACGUGGAGUCGGAGCGCGUGGUCCAGCACGCGCUGGAGCGGGUCAUGAGGAACCGCACCACCGUCAUGGUGGCGCACAGGCUCUCCACCAUUCACAACGCUGAUGUCAUCUCGGUGUUGCAGGACGGGAGAAUCGUGGAACAGGGGAGCCACUCCACUCUGGUUGAGAACAGGAACGGUGCCUAUUUCAAGUUGAUCAGCUUGCAGCAAAAGCACUAGUAGAGGAUGCAAUGAAGCUGAAGAAGAGUAGGGGUCAUUUUUGACGUCCCAGUCUAUGCCAUAAGAACACCGCAUAGACGAUAUGCACCAGACUCUAACUGCCACUCACGAGCUCGUCUUGUUGGUAUAUAAGACUGAGCCCUACUUUGCCAUAUUAAUCCUCGAUGCAAUUAUCUUAAUAUCUAAAAAUGGUUGAUAUUUAGUUAUGAUGAUAAUAAUAGCCAUACUGCAACUAUUCUUUCCGACUGUUGUCAAACUAUGCAUUAUGAUGUCAUUCAGCUCAAAAUUACUCAA